UAAAAAAUAAUCUCCUCUCAAACGUCAGGCUCAGAGACUCCUCAUGUGCAGCAGCCAGAGGGCCAAGCUGCUGCAGUGCAUUGUGGUCUGAGUGCUAGAGGAAGCUGCUGCACCGGAAUCUGAAGAAUUUGAGGUGUCCGCCAAGUCUGCUGCUGUUCAUCGUCGGCUCGUCUCUCCGUGCCUCUUAUCUUCUCUACACUCUCUGCGGACGGACUGUAAGGUGAAGGAGUAAAAAAUGUCUCAAAGCGACAAAAUGAAGCAGGGGCAGUUCACCAACCCUGAGACCCCGGGGUACGUUGGAUUUGCCAACCUGCCUAAUCAGGUUCAUCGCAAGUCAGUAAAAAAAGGAUUUGAGUUUACGUUGAUGGUGGUAGGUGAAUCUGGACUUGGAAAAUCCACCCUGAUCAACAGCCUCUUCCUCACUGACCUUUACCCCGAGAGGGUCAUCCCUGGAGCAGCAGAAAAGAUUGAAAGGACGGUUCAGAUCGAGGCGUCGACAGUAGAAAUUGAGGAGCGAGGAGUGAAGCUCCGUCUCACUGUGGUAGACACACCAGGAUAUGGAGACGCCAUCAACAGUCAAGACUGUUUCAGCACCAUCAUCAGCUACAUUGAUGACCAGUUCGAGCGCUACCUCCACGACGAGAGCGGUCUUAAUCGUAGACACAUUGUCGACAACAGAGUUCACUGCUGCUUUUAUUUUAUCUCCCCGCUGGGCCAUGGCCUGAAACCCCUGGAUGUUCAGUUUAUGAAGGCCAUUCACAAUAAGGUCAACGUGGUUCCUGUCAUCGCCAAGGCAGACACACUGACCCUCAGAGAGAGGGAGAGGCUCAAGCGCAGGAUUCUGGAUGAGAUCGAUGAACAUGGCAUCAAGAUUUACCACCUUCCUGAUGCUGAGUCGGACGAGGAUGAGGACUUCAAAGAGCAGACCAGGAUCCUUAAGGCUAGCAUCCCGUUUGCAGUGGUGGGAUCGAACCAGCAGAUUGAAGCCAAGGGGAAGAAGGUGAGGGGCCGCCUGUACCCCUGGGGAGUGGUGGAGGUGGAGAAUCCAGAGCACAACGAUUUCCUCAAGCUGCGGAUCAUGCUGAUAACCCACAUGCAGGAUCUACAGGAAGUGACCCAGGACCUUCACUACGAGAACUUCCGCUCAGACCGCCUCAAGCGGGGUGGCAGGUUGUCCUCCCAUGGUUACAUUCUGCCUCUUUCUCCUGCCAGGGGGAAGGGGCCGGAGCCGGAGGAAAUGGACAAGGAUAUGAUCCUGCUGGAGAAGGAGGCUGAGUUGAGACGAAUGCAGGAGAUGAUUGCCAAGAUGCAGGCCCAGAUGCAGAAGCAGGGAGAUGGAGAAGGGGAAGGCCCCCAUGCGUGAAAAGUCUAUGGUGUUUGAGCCACUGCUCGAGUUUGACUAGAGAAGGACGGACGAUAGCAGAAAAGGCCAUCUGGUUAUUGACUCGUACUGCUUGCCACUAUUUUUAUUCCAAUCCUACCAGGAUCUGGAGUCAUUUUUUUUAAUACAUACAGUAAAGUAUAUUCAAACAGUGUUAUGUUUAUAUAUUUACACAUGGUUCAUUUUUUUUUUCUUCUAAUUUUGUUUCAUUUUAUUAAACUUUUGUCAGUUACUCAAAUGAAGUCACAUGACCCAUCUAAAAUGGUGGCAUAUAUCUUUAAUACAUGCCCUUUGGGAUGUUCUGUUACCAUUUUUUGUGUUUCCUUACGGUUUUGUUUUUUUGCUAUUGAGAGAGCCAAAGUAUCGCUGCUUGUGUUCAGUGCUUUUGGUCCUAAAACAUCUCUGAGGACGUGCUAACCUUUUGCUCUGUGAAAGAGCUUCUUUGGGAGAGUCAAAAAUAGCUUUUCAUGCCAUUGUCUCAAUGUUCUUUUUGUCAAGAGAAAAACAUGAUUUCAUCACACAAACUUCCCUUCAAAUAUGGCCCACCCUGCUCAGUGUUCAUCAUAUUACCCUCCCCAUCUGCAUGCAAUUCUCAACUCUAAAUUUCAGGUGGAGUUUCCUUUCUAGGGCUGCGUUAGGCUCAUCUUCUCCAUUAGUACAGUUCUCAGAUCAGUGUCUCUUAAGUGCAACGGCAUUCAAGUGUUGUUAAUCUCCUUUUGAGUUUGAUUAUAAAUUAAAUAUACUGUGACCCUUGACCUCUUACAGUCUUCCUGCACACCUGACAAAUGAGGCACGAUGCCUCCGGUGCUUUCAGCUAGAUGUCAUUACUCCAUACUGUAAAAGUGAAGUCAUGUGUCAGGGAGAAUUAACUCUUCUUUUUAUUGGUGCAGUGAGAUUUAAGAGGUAUAAACUUCUACCUGUCCCAACUGCUGAGUACUUUGUUGUUUUCAUGACCACAGAGUUUAAAAGUGACCCGAUGAGGUCAGUGUAGCCAACGUUUCCCUCACCA